AUGAUACAGACUGCCCUCUAUGAAAAUAUGUUAAUAGAACAUAAACGUUUUCGAGAAACAAAUCUGCCAAGUUUCGUUUCGUUAGUUAUUUAUGUUUAUCGUUUCUCGCAUUUGCUUGUUAGUGAUCAUUUUUUAUGCUUAUGUUCGCUUACAGAGAAUAACAAGGGAUUAUUACAUAUAAAAGUACAAAACUGUGGAAUGUCGGAUUUCGUGCAAGGAAUACUUAAACUUCAAACUGGCAGUGUAAACUUUGAGAGCAAAUUGCAAGAUCACCCACCAUGCGUGCAUGGAGAGAACUUAAUAUAUAUCGUGUCCGCCAUUUUGAUUAAAGAAGAGAAAAUUUUGUUAGUAAGUGAAAACAGACCGGAGUGUUAUGGGGCAUGGUAUUUACCGGCUGGCAAAGUGGAAAAAAACGAAACUUUAGAAAGCGCCUUCGAGAGGGAAUUAGUUGAAGAAAGUUUUAUUCAAGGUAAGGCUGACCACUUGCUUAGCAUUGAUCAUGAUUUAUUUGGAAGAUGGUUUCGAUACAAUUUCAUUGGUCAUUCAGUCGGUGGUCGACUAAAAACAUUGGAAGACCAAGAUAAGGAGUCGCUUGAAGCAAAAUGGUUUCCUAUCAGUGAUGUCUUAAACGGUGCUCUAGAUCUUCGGUGCAGUGAUAUUUUGCACGUGAUAAAAGACGCAGUAAACUGGUUGUCGGCCGACAAAUCAAUUCAACACAUUAAAUCGUUGCCGAUUCAAGCGCCUUAUACGCAUCAUAUACAACGACUUAUUAUUAUUGACGCGCGGCAGAGGGAUAACAUUCGUCUGGCGUUAGUAAAGACGUUAAAUAUUCUUCCAUGGGAGGGACUGACGCAAAGAGUUGAAGCUUCGCUGAAUAGUGUGUUCACGUCGAAAACAUUUCGUUUGAAAAGGCUAGGUAUGUUGUCAAUCGAACACCUUCCAAACAAGAAAAAACCCUCUGAUGGAGUGUGUUUUAAUAUAUUGUUUAGAGUGGAGGAGGGAGAGGAAAACGAAUCGUUUGACUGGAUUGUUUUAGACGAAAAUUUAAAAAUCAUAUUUGAACAGAUAUGUGCCAGUAAUUCGUUUAUAAUUUUUUAA